AGAGUGUAGGAAUGCGCCCCAACUGGUUCCACGCCACUGCAGUCAGUGGGGCAAGCAGUGGGUAAAGCAAGGGGUGGAGAUGUUCUAAUUCCAGGGCUGAUCUUUCCAUGGGAGCAGCACUUCCCUUGGUGCAUUGGGAAAAAGAUGAGUCACUGGCCUGUGCUGCUUCUGGGUCACUAAUAAAAUCACAGAAUGGAAUGGGUUGAAGGGACCUUAAAGAUCAUCUACUUCCAACCCCCCUGAUGUGAGCAGGGAACCUGCCACUACCCCAGGAAAAAAGGACUUUGGGAUAUUCCCCAGGCCAAAUUCCCCCUUGCAGUAUGAAAACUGCUAUUGGAAUUAUGUUGUUCAGGGCUGUGUUGCAUUAAAUUAUAUAUAUGAGCUAGGAUGGAAACUCCUCCACUUCCUUGGUCCUAUUUAUCUUCAUGGACUUUGCCACAGGAACUUAAGGAGAAUGUUUUGUGUAUUUCUGAGUUGCAGCUUCCCUUCAAAUCUAGGGCAGAGUGUGACAAGGACCUGCUAAUCCCUCCGCAGCUGCUGGAGAUGCCAGAGGGCCCGUCAGUGAGGAAGUUCCAGCUGCUGACCUCCCCUUUUAUGGGACAAGUGGUGGCCAAGGUGGGGGGAAGCAGCAGGAAGCUCAAUGUGAACGAUCUGAAUGCCCUGAGGCUCCAGGACUCCCAGGUUCAUGGGAAGAACUUGUACCUGGCAUUUGUGGCAGCUGAAGGUCCCUUUGGACCAACUGCAGAAGAGACAGCGCUGCAAAGAGAGGCUGCUUGUGGGGCACACUGUCCUGCCCAGGAACAGCAAGGACAUCCCAGUUCCCAGGAUGAGGAGCUGCAGGAGCCCCAGCACUCAAGAUCUGAAGCCUCAGAGGCAGCAGAGGGUCGUGGCAAUUGGCUGCGCAUCCACUUUGGCAUGUUCGGCAGCGUCCGGGCAAACGAGUUCUCAAGGGCCAACAGAGCCAAUAAAAGGGGGGACUGGAAGGAUCCUGUGCCCAGGCUGGUUCUGCACUUCGAGAGCGGAGGCUUCCUUGUUUUCUACAACUGCCGGAUGCUCUGGUGCUCCUCUCCGAGGACUGAUCCUGCUUCUGACAUCCUGUCUCUGGAAUUCCACCGUGGCCGGGCGCUGCGUGCCCUCUGUGCACCCAAUCCCAUCUGCUAUACCCUCCUAGACCAAAGAUAUUUCUCAGGGCUGGGGAACAUCAUUAAGAACGAGAUCUUGUACCUGGCCAGGAUCCACCCGUUAACACCAGGCUCUCUCUUGGCUCUCCCAGAUCUGGAGCGUCUGCUGGACUGCGCCGUUCAGUUCAGCUCUGAGUGGCUGCACAACAAACUGCGUGGCCAAGGGCUGCACCCCCAGGUGUACCAGAAGGAGCAGUGUCCCCUGGGCCACCCGCUGAUGAAGGGCACUUUUGGACCCUCGGGUGGCUUCAAGAGACUUACGUGGUGGUGCCCACAGUGCCAGCCUGCGGUGCUGCCAGGGGCUGGGGACCCUUCCCCAGUCACUGAGUGACCUGUCCUGCAGGAUGCUGGCUGCUCUCUGAUCCAUGCUCUUUGUUGUCCUAGAAGGUCUCUGUGGUUUCUUUGAGGCUGUUGAGUUUGGCCCUUAAGGAGCUGGCACAGUUCAGUGCUCAGUGGAGGUCCCAGGUCCCCUGAGUGGCUGCAGAAAGGAAAAAGUGGCUGUCCAUGUUUUUUUGUCACAGUGGCACAGCAGUUUAAAGAGUUUGAGUUCUGAGGUGUUUUGGUUGUCCUGUUCAGGUGGCAGUGGAUGGGAAGUGUAAAGGGUCGAGCAGGGGAUUGCUGUGGUCUGCAGUGACCUUGUCCCUUGACCCUGGAGGAGUCAGCAAAACAGAGGAUAUCCCUCUGCCUAAACAGCUUGACUAAUUAGGAAUUAAAUAAUCCUGCCUCUGUCUGGAGCUGUAUACUUGCGUGCUGGGCUGUGACUGGGCGUGGUUAAACAUGAGGGGCUGUUCCCUGUGUCAGAUCUGACAGGAACAGCUCCCUCCUUCCAUGUCAACAUAUACAAAAUAUACGUCAGCAGUGCUUGGGUGGAGCUCACCUCUACACCCACAGGUUUCAGCUUUGUGGCAAACUGCCAAUUCCAGAUGUCACUUGUAAAAACAAAAAAAAGGAAAUACAGUGUGUGACAGUGUUGCAUAAAACUCAGGAUCUCCAAGGAAACCUGAAAGCAGAAAGGUUUGGAAAUAGAGCUGUGUCUCUAUACACUAGGUGGGAAGUGCUGCUGUCCUCUCUCUCCCUGGAUUUGAGUUUAUUUUAAUAUUAAGUUGUUGACUUGAGCAAAAACAUUAAAGCUGGAAUUAGGAUUGGUGAUACUCACCUGAAGUGUGUCCUUUCUGGCAGUUUCUUGGUUAAAAACUGGGCUGUAC